GGACAAACCUGCCGUACGGUGCCCACUCAUCACCUGGUUCCAAACCUCAGGACCACAUCGUAACUAUUGGUGUGUCAGAACAGGUCUGGUGCUACAGGCUGUUUUCUACCGGUACACAGCCACAAGUGUUUGUAUGAAACACUGAUCAGAAAGACCCCACUCAGCCUAGCUGAGUAACUGCCAGCUUACAUUCACACAGCCCCCAGUGCUACUGCUAAUUCACAUUACUAAUGCAUCUUAUGUUCAUGUAAUCAACAAGCUGUUAUUUACACGGUGUAAAGGUGUGAACUAGGUGAAUUUGCACUAAACUGACCGCUGGAGUGUUCAUUGUCCCCAGACAGUCACUGUACAGUGUGUUAGCUGCAGGCUAGCUAGCAGCAGCUGCACCAGCUGUGUGUCUGUUUGUGUUCACCUCACACUUGAGCUGAUCUCACGACAGCCAGUUAUUUUUGUUACCUCCGUUCAGUCUCUGUUUUCAUCUCGUCUCAACAUUUAUGCAUGAAGAAGAUUCAUAAAUCUCAGAGUGAACCAAACUGUGUGCUCAAGUUGAAGCAUUUCGCUUCAAACUUUCAUUUACCUUCAAUCUGUUUUGUGAUGACACGAGGUGAUGAUGUUCUCUGUGGAGGAGUCACUGCAGGCUCGGUGAGCUUCAGCUUCUCUGAGCGGUGCCCGCUCAUGCUGCAGAUAUUGACAUGAAGAAAGACAUUGAGACUCUAAUAGCUGAGGAACGUGCUGAUGUCAUCUUGAAAUAUGCUACGGGCAGGCAGGGCGGGGUGGAGAUCGACCCCUGGGAAGAUGCUGACUACAGCAUCUACAAGGUCAUUGACCGCUUUGGCUUCAUGCAUGAGGAUGAACUACCAGCCCCGACUGCACAAGAGGAGAAGCUGAAGCAGCUGGAGGUAGAAAGAGCAGAGAAAUGGCUGAAGAUGGUGAAGAAGUGGGAUAAAUACAAGAACAGUGAGAGGAUGGUGAGACGGGUGUACAAGGGCAUUCCCCUGCAGCUCAGAGGCCGGGCCUGGGCCCUGAUGCUGGACGUGGAAAGGGCAAAGAAGGAGAACGAGGGCAAGUAUGAGAAAAUGAAGGAGCAGGCCAGACUCUGCUCGCCUGAGAUCAAACAGAUCGACCUGGACAUCAACAGGACCUUUCGAAACCACAUCAUGUUUAUGGACCGCUUUGGUGUCAAGCAACAGUCUCUCUUCCAUGUUCUUGCUGCAUAUUCAGUCUACAACACAGAGGUGAGCUACUGCCAGGGGAUGAGUCAGAUCGCUGCCUUGCUGCUCAUGUACAUGAACGAGGAAGACGCCUUCUGGGCCCUGUCACAGCUGCUGACCAAUCAGAAGCACGCCAUGCAUGGAUUUUUUGUUCCCGGGUUCCCCAAGCUUCAGCGAUUCCAGGCACAUCAUGACCAGAUUAUUUCCAAACUCAUCCCUAAGCUGAAGAAACAUCUGGACAGGGAGCAGAUGUCUGCGGGGAUUUACUGCACUAAAUGGUUCCUACAGUGUUUUAUUGACAGGACGCCGUUCACCCUGACCCUUCGUCUGUGGGACAUUUUCAUCCUGGAGGGAGAGAGGCUGCUCACUGCCAUGUCUUACACCGUCCUGAAGAUGCAUAAGAAGCGUCUGUUGAAGAUGUGCCUGGAGGAGCUCAGAGAGUUUCUGCAGGAGCGAAUUGCUCAGACUUUCUUCUGCAGUGACGACGUGGUCAUCGAGCAGCUUCAGGCCUCCAUGACUGAGCUGAGGAAGAUGAAGCUGGACCUUCCUCCUCCGGGGAAGCCAGACGAGCUGCCUCGUAAGCCUCUGGGCCAGGAGCUCCCGGUGCUUUUGAGUCCAGUCCAGCCUUUCAGAGGGAAGCCGUCCUCGGCCGGAGGUUUCCCCAGAGCGGGCCUGAGCCUCCACAUCAUCUCCCAUCAGCCUGAGUCCAUAUCCCCAGAUCAGAGUCCCUCCAAGGACCCCAGGGAUCUUGACGCCGUGGAUGAGGAAGAGGCCCCUCUGCCUUCCCCGGACCCCAUCAUCAUCAUCCACAGCCAGGCCCUGCUCACCCCUGAGGGCUCCCCACUGAUGGGCCCCCCACCUUACCAGCCCCCAGAGAGCCAGACAGUGGUCAGAGGGGAUCAGGCGCCACUGCCAGAUCAGGACGAACUGCGACCUAAUGCAACCAUCACCACAGGGCCUCCCUCAGCUCCACAGACUGCUGAUGUGUCCUCACCGUCCUCUACGGACUACUCCUCUGUGGCCGUCAACACCGACCAAUCCUGCUGCAGGCUCCCGCAGACUCUCUCAGCACCCGUAUGCCAGAGGGCUUCGCCGGCUUUAGGCGUGGCUCAGUCUGAGAGUUUGUUGGCAGCAGAGAGUACAGAGGACAGUCACCAGGUCCAGCUGCUAGAGCAGGCCUUGGCACUGUGCACCAACAGGAUCAUAAAACAGGAUGUAAGCGCAGAAUUAGAGGAAACACAGGCUGCAGACGUGUCCUGAAAUGAUAUGUGAUAGUUCUCCGUUAACUGGAUAAUGUGUCAGUAUAGGACCUGGAUCUGCCGUUUCCCCCUGUUUUUACAUAGGCCAUGUUUGGGCAGGUAAAACAGUGUCGCGGUUGAGGUUACUGUUAAUGAUUUGGUGAAGAACUACAGAAGUAUGAUCUAUCAGUCAGAUUAUCAGUGUCAAGCAAUAGUUGCUUAAAAUGUCUUAUUGGUAUCGGGUCCAGUGUUAAUAUAAGCAAUCUGUUUUUAUUCUCUAACUUUCUUUAACUUCGUAAAACUUAUGUAAUGACUGUAAGAAGACGUUUCCUCCUUGUAUGUAUUUAAAUCUGCUGUCAUGUGAGGUGACAGUGUGACUCUUUAUAUUAGGUACGUAGCAGUGCAAAAUGUCCGUGAAGAUUCUCUAUCAUCUAGUUCAUCAGAUAUCUAGAAGGAGAAGUCAAGUGGACUGAAACACUAAAAACAGCAGGUCCGUCUUUAGAAUUGUACUGAAAGUUGAGCUAGGAUUAAAAGCUUUGUUUAUAGUAUGAAGCUUCCUACCCUAACUUCCAGCAGGGGAGUGAUGACUCCUGGGUUUGUGUUUUAUCUCCGUUGUGCAGUAGAGCAUUAGACACCUUUUUGUGUGUCUAGGCAAAUAACUUAAGGUAGGUAGGAAGGUAGGUAGGUAGGUACAGUGGGUACGGAAAGUAUUCAGACCCCCUUAAA